ACCCAGCGCCGCGGGCUCCUAGCCUCGGGUUUCCCCGGGCAGCGCGCGCGGGCGAGACAGAGGUGGCUCUAGGGGCGGUGGGGGCCGGGCACCCGCAGCCGCCUCCGUCUCCCUCCCCACGCUAACUCUCCCGGCGCCCUCGUCCGCCGCGGGCGGAGCUCGAUCGGCGGCGCUCCAGGAUCCGCCGCUCCCUCCCUGCCCUGUCCCUUCUCCGAGCCCCCCAGCGGCCGACGCGGUGCAGCCCGGCGCGGCGCGGCGCGAGCAGCUGCCAAGGGGCCGAGGGAUGAGCUGGGGUCAUUCUUUCCAAUGGCAUCUCCCCCUGGUCUGGAACUGAAGACAUUGAGCAAUGGUCCCCAGGUUCCAAGGAGACCAGCCCCGCAGGGCCCAGUGGCGCCACCCAGGAUGGGUGUGGAGAACGCCUGUUUCUUCUCUGAGGAGCAGGAGGCUCAUUUCCAGAACCCUGGGGAUACCAGACUGGGUAACUCCCCCAGUUCCCCUGGAGGCGUCCCCUCACUGUCCCGGUCCCAUCGGGAUGACCUUUCUUUGCAUUCAGAGGAGGGACCAGGCCUGGAACCUGUGAGCCGCCCAGUGGACUAUGGCUUUGUUUCAGCUCUGGUUUUCUUGGUGAGCGGAAUCCUCCUGGUGGUGACAGCAUACGCCAUCCCCCGAGAGGCCAGAGUCAACCCUGACACAGUGACAGCAAGGGAGAUGGAGCGCCUAGAGAUGUACUAUGCCCGCUUGGGCUCACAUCUGGACAAAUGCAUCAUUGCAGGCCUCGGGCUGCUCACAGUGGGUGGCAUGCUCCUGUCUGUGCUGCUCAUGGUCUCUCUGUGCAAGGGUGAGCUGUACCGCAGGCAGUCCUUUGUCCCUGGCAGGGGAUCCAGAAAGACCUACGGCUCCAUCAACCUGCGUAUGAGGCAACUCACUGGGGACGGAGGCCAGGUUCUAGUAGAGAACGAGGUUGUCCAAGUCUCAGAGACCAGCUAUACCACCCAGGGCUCUUAAGUAAGAGUCCACCCUGUUUUGCUGCUUUAAGCUGCAAAGCUUGGAGGCUUCCCAAACCUGGGGCCUCAAAGUGAGAUCCACAGAGGGCGCUGUGGAGGGAGUUUUGGUGCUGGGGUGGGGGCAGCCUGGGGCCUGGCUUAGGCAUCACUCAGGCAAACACAGCUGAUGCGUUUGCAGCUUGAAGUUUUUUGCAUAAGGCUUUGUUUGAAGAUGGCUUCUGCUGCUAAAAAUACAUUUUGGAAACCACUGCUCUUAGAA